AUGCAGUUCCUCUACGCUCUUCUCCCCCUCAUCCCCAUCGCAGCCGCAAACGGCCGAAUCCGCUUCACCUCCUUCGACCACCCUGGCUGCGCAGGUUUCGAAGAGACCUACGACCUCAAUCCCGCACCAGUGAAGGGAAAUUUUCCAGGACCCCGCGGAUCUAUCAAUAUGAUAGUUACGUCUGCAGGAUGCCACCUUACGCUUUACACGGGCCCCAACCAGUCGUCGCCAAAUGGCGGUCCUAUUAGAUUCGACACUGGUGCUGCGGUUUGCUGGUCGAACGGGGGUGGGUUUGAGGAUUAUCUUAGUUUUGGGUAUUACUGCGAUUAG